CUCGCCUUCUCUCUCUCUCUCUCUCUCGCCCUCGCAGCAGAAGCAGCAUCUGCGCGCCCGACGGGUCUCUGCCAGCUUCCGAAGCUGCCAUGUCCGGGGAAGAGGCGGCCGGGGGCGAUGCGGGCGCCCCGCAAAGCGGCACCGCGGCGCCACCGGAGCAGCAGCAGCAGCAGCAGCAGCAAGAAGCGACUCCGGCAGCGAAGCCUGCCGAGGAGGGCAAGGCUGCGGGGGCCCCGUCGGAGGCGGCUGCCGCUGCUCCAGCUGCUCCCGGGCGCCAGUACCGAGCGCUGGUGCUGAGCGGCUUCGGCGGCUACGAGAAAGUGAAGGUGCAGACGCGGCAGUUGCCCGCCGCCGAGCCCAGCCCGGGCGCGGGCCAAGUCAGCGUGGAGGUGCGGGCCUGCGGGCUCAACUUCGCGGAUCUGCUGGCCCGCCAGGGGCUAUACGAGAGGCUGCCGCCGCCGCCCUGCAGCCCGGGCAUGGAGGCGGCAGGCACCGUCUUGGCCGUGGGCGAGGACGUCUCCAGCCCCAAGGUAGGUGAUAAGGUGAUGGUGAUGGCCAGGUCGGGGCUCUGGCAGGAAAUCGUGACCGUCCCAGCCAACCAGACAUUCCCCAUGCCGGAAGGAAUGAGUUUCGAGGAAGCGGCUGCCUUUUUGGUCAACUACAUCACCGCCUAUAUGGUCCUCUUUGACUUCGGCAACCUGCGACCCAACCAGAGCGUCCUGGUCCACAUGGCAGCAGGUGGCGUGGGGACCGCAGCCGUCCAGCUCUGCAAAACUGUGGAGAACGUCACCGUUUUUGGCACAGCUUCUGCCUCCAAACAUGAAGCCCUCAAGGAGAAUGGGGUCACCCACCCCAUUGACUACCGGGCAGCUGAUUAUGUGGCAGAAGUGCGGAAAAUCUCUCCCAAAGGUGUAGAUAUCGUCUUAGACCCUCUGGGGGGUUCAGAUACCACAAAAGGCUUUAAUCUCCUGAAGCCAAUGGGAAAACUAGUCACUUACGGUGUCGCCAACUUGCUAACAGGGCAGAGGAAGAACCUGAUGGCCAUGGCAAAGACCUGGUGGAACCAGUUCAGCAUCAAUGCCUUGCAGCUCAUGCAUCUCAACAAGUCUGUCUGCGGCUACCACCUGGGUUACCUAGACGAGGAGGUGGAGCUCUUGAGCAGUGUGGUGAACAAGCUGGUUGCGCUCUACAACCAAGGCAAAAUCAAGCCCAAGGUGGACUCCGUCUGGCCCUUUGAUCAGGUGGUAGAUGCCAUGAAGCAGAUGCAAGAGAAGAAAAACGUUGGGAAAGUUGUGCUGAUUCCCGAAGCAGCGCCGAAGGACGAAAGCAAAGAAGCAGAGAACUAAAGUGAAAAGGCGUGGGUGGAUUGUCUGACCUCAGGUCCUCAUGUUGUUGUAUUUUUGGGUUGUGUUAUUUUUUAUUUUAUUUUUUAUUUUUG